AUCACCUUACAAUGCAUAGUCAACAUGAGUUUUACCUUGGUUGAUAACCAUUAGUUUUCAACCAAAAACACUAAUCAAAACAAUCAAUAGGUGUAAUGAUUUCGAGUUAUGAAUCUUGAACUGUUAAUGAUUAUCUAUCGACAAGUUAAACAACCUACAAUAGUUUCCAAUCUCAUUGGAUAGUUAAUGAUGAUUUGGAUAAAAGUUUCAGUGUUCACAUGGUUGAUACAGUUGAUAAACUUACCAAAGAUGGUCGAUCUAAGCGAUAAUAAUAACAAAACUGGACUUGUGAUUCGUAGUAGACGCUUUUGUCUCGACUGGUUAUGCGGUCAAAAUUGUGGUCAACAAUACCCAAAAGCACAACCAAGACCCAGACCUGUUCAAUAUUACCAGCCCAUCUACUAUCCUUAUCCAGUUCCUUAUGCAUCACCAGUUCCAGUACUAGUUACCAAUCCUCCGGCUCGUAGACCAGUUCAAAAUCGUCGUGCACGACCUGCAGCAAGGCCUAAAGGAAGAGCACCUCCAAAACCACCGGCCAGAAGACCACCAGCCAAACAACCAGCCAGACAGCCGGCCAGACAGCAAGCCAGACAACCAGCAAGGCAGCCACCUAGACGACCAGCAAUGAAUCCACCAGCUAGACGUCCACCAAGAAAUCCACCUCCACCACGUCCACCACCUAGAAAACCACCAGCGAAAAAACCUCCUCCCAAGAAACCUCCGCCUAAGAAGCCUCCUCCGAAAAAGCCUCCAGCUAAGAAACCCCCAGCCAAGAAACCACCGGCCAAAAAGAAACCUUCUAAAGGUAAACCUAAAGGACGAUGAAAGAGAUGACUUCGUAUAUUUGCUUAUCUUUCAGUUAGCAAAGUUCAGAGACUUUCAGUUCAUCUAUUGAUGCAUCAAAUAUUUGAUCAACACAUUGUUAUAUUGACAGCAUUUAAACGGGUAUUUUUUGUUAUUUAACCUCUGAUUAAUGAUUAAGUUUAACUUUUUUACAUGAUGGUCCUUAAAAUUCUGAAAUCAUUUUCAUUGUGCAUGUUCUUUGAAUGAAAAGUUAAAAUAAUAAAUCAUCAGGCAU